AGCACACACACAUACUGAUGACAGUUCCCCUAUCUCUCAGAGCCAGUUCCUCUAUUUGGGAGGCUGACUUGAUGAGGUUGAAUUACUUAUAUGUCUGUUUGUUUUUAUUAUAUAUAUGUACAUGUAAUACUUGACGCGCGUUGUAUUUUUUUCAUCUGCCGGGGAAUCUCUGCCGUUCAGCACCAUUCUGUCUCAUGGCUGGGAAAGUCUGACAGCUGGCGUGGGUUUGACUCGCAAGCCCCUCAAGUUUUACCGGCAGCAGCUGACACAGAGUGACGGAGACCGAAGAACUGCGUGUGUGUCGCUCACCGCUUUCCUCAGACGGGGCGCUCCGCUGCCCUCAGGACCAGGGCAGCGCUCUCAGGGACUCAGAGGGCAGGCCUGGGGAACGAGUGGGUGGGCCAUGGAGAUGUAGGGUGCAGGGGCUCUUGCCGAUGCCCCUGUGAAACCAGUGGAGAGACAGAGGAGUGCAGAAGAGUGGAACCCUGCAAUGAAUCGCAAAGAGACAAAGAGGAAGUCUCGUCAGGACAGCCUGAGCAGUGGGCGAUGUCGGCGGACGGUGCAGAGGCGGAUGACCUGCCCCAGCCCGCAGGAGAUCAGCCAGGUCCUGCAGGGCCCCUGCCCCAGCUCCCGCGCUGUGAGCCUGGAGGACCUUAUCCUGCGUUGUCUGCACUGCUUUGACUCGGAGGGGAAGCUGACCAAAGGGACCCAGCUGGUCAACAUGACCCUCAUGAUGCACAGCUGGGUGGUCCCCUCCCACACCUUUGCAGACAAGCUGCUCUCUCUUUAUAAGGACUGCCCUGUGGAAAAGAGGGCACAGCAACGUCCCCAGAUCUGCCACCUCAUCAGGUACUGGAUCACCCAGUUCCCUGCUGCAUUGGAAGCAGACCCCCUCCUGGAGCAGGUGAUGGGGGACCUGUGGGCCCUGGUGAGGACAGAGGGGAAGGAGACCAACUGCCAGCUGAUUGACACCUCUUGCCUUAGCCCACCAGCCAAUCCUUCCCAAGCGCCCUCCCCCACUGUGAAAAAGAGAAAGGUGUCACUGCUCUUCGACCACAUGGAGCCAGAUGAGAUGGCCGAACACCUCAGUUACCUGGAGUUUAAAAACUUCUGCAGAGUUUCAUACCUGGACUACCACAGCUAUGUGGUCCGCGGCUCAGUGCGGGACAACCCUGCCCUGGAGCGUUCAGUCAUGCUGUGUAAUGGAGUGUCCCAGUGGGUCCAGCUGAUGAUCCUGAGCAGACACACAGCACAGCAGAGAGCGCAAGUCUUCACCAAGUUCAUCCAUGUGGCCCAGAAGCUGCGCUCUCUGCAGAACUUCAACACUCUGAUGGCUAUCACAGGUGGCCUGUGCCACAGCUCCAUCUCUCGCCUUAAAGACACAGCCAGCCUGCUGCCUCAGGAUGUCACCAAGAUGCUGAGCGAGAUGACUGAGCUGCUGUCCUCCCGCAGCAACUACAGUACCUACAGGCGUGUUUACAGCGAGUGCUCAGGGUUCAAGGUGCCCAUCCUGGGAGUGCAUCUCAAGGACCUGAUUUCCCUGAACGAGGCACUGCCCGACUACCUGGAGGAGGACAAGAUCAACCUGGGCAAGAUGCAGCACCUGUACAGCAACAUCACGGACCUGCUUGCCAUCCACAACUGCACACCCCCCUUCGAGGCCAACAAGGACCUGCUGCACCUCUUGACGCUGUCUCUGGACCUGUACUACACUGAGGAUGAGAUAUACGAGCUCUCCUAUGCCAAGGAGCCGAAGAACCCCAAGAUCCAGCCUACUGCUCCAGUCAAGCCACCUGUAGUAGCAGAGUGGGGCUCAGGUGUGACGCCCAGACUGGACCCUGACACCAUCUCCACGCACGUCAAACAGAUGGUGGACUCCAUAAUGAAGAACUACGACCUGAAUCUGGACGGGUACAUCUCCUUGGAAGACUUUGAAAAGAUAGCUGCCAACUUUCCCUUUUCCUUCUGCACACAUGAGAGUGACAGGGAAGGAGAGAUAAGUCGGGAAGAAAUCACCUCAUACUUCAUGAGGGGGAUGUCAGUCUGUGCCAAGCUGGGCCUCAACUUCCUACACAAUUUCCAUGAGACAACCUAUAAGCGACCUACCUUCUGUGACACCUGCGGAGGCUUUCUGUGGGGAGUCAUUAAGCAGGGUUACCGCUGCAGAGAUUGUGGGAUUAACUGCCACAGGCAUUGUAAGGACCAGGUUGGACUAGAAUGCAAGAAGAGGUUCAAGGUUUCAGGGAGUUCCUGUCCCUGCACCCCUGCCCCUGAUAUCAGGCCCAAGGGAAACAGCUGUAGCUCUGAAGAGGACACCUUUGUUUUCCCUCAUAGUGAGGGUGCAGAGCAAAGUGAUGGGGAGGGCUCCCAGCUUUCACACCAGUCCACUCAGACAGACCCAGGGGUGUGGACCCCAGGACCGGCUGACAGAAGAGGGAGCCAGACCAAUUCACAUAUCCCAAGCUCCCCUCUAGAGAAGGACAAAACAGCCUUAUGUCCCACCCCAAAACAAGAGGAGGUCAAGCAGCAGAGAAACCCAGCACCACAGAGAGCUAGGGGCACCUCCAUGCCUGUACCCUUCCUGGUGGAGAAGAUGGAGGAACUGCAGCUGCAAAAAGACAAGAAAAAAGAGCCAGACUGAAUCAUUCUCACAACAGCAAACCCACACACACAUGUGCAUUCAAACAGCGAUACAAACAGAAUAUAUAUAUACUGUAUGGACUACAAUGACUACAGACAUACCCUGUACAUUGAUACCUCCAUCAGGGGUGAUCUAAUCCCUGAUCUGUACCCAACACCUUCAACUGUGAGACUCCCACCAGCAAGCCAGUACCCAGUGUCCUAUCUAUAUGACUGUCUGAGACUCCUACCAGCAAUUCUGUAAUGUCCCAGGACAUUACAAGACCAGUUCCUCAUCCAUACAACUAUCUGAGCCAGCUAAACUGCACUGUAUGACCCCUGACCUGAAUGUUUGGAGACAUUCAUCUGGCCAUAGCCAAGCCCUAUAUUCUUGGUUUUCAUUCUGUGACUCCACUGCCAUCCCCACUCUUUCUCCCCCACUGAAACAGUCAAUGUAGCCCCUCCACUGAGCUGAGAGACAGGAAGCUGUCUCUCUGGUGCUGAAUUCCUGCUCUGUGACUGGGGGAACAUUCUACUGAAGGCCUGAUCCUCCCUCUCACUCUUUCUUCUUGAUCUUCUUAUUCUUCAUUUCCAUCUCCAUUUCUGACAAUCUCAUCUCAUUUUUUAUAUUCACUGGAACUAGCACUUAUGGAACUGAAGACAUAUUUUUUUCCUUCUUCAUAAAACCCAGAACAAUCGCUGUAGAUUAUAUUUAUUGUGUGUGC